AUUGUGAUCGGAAGUGUGCAUUCUUUCCGGAGAAAAAAUUCCAAAGUCCAGUUCAAUUUUCAUUUACAAGAAACAAUCAGGUGUGUCGAAAAGGGCACGAGAUGAUGUUUUGAGCAGGCAAGUAUGAAGAAAGCUUUUAAACUAGCCGUUAGUGUCGGAGCAAGUUUAGUAGAGUGUGGAUUAGUCAGCUGCCAGGAUGGCUUCGAAUCGGAUGCUGGAAAAGCUAGUGUUGGUUGUGGUGGUUGUGCUGGGUUUGCUGCUGCAGAUCGUAUACAAUGAUCCCAUGCGAGGUUCGCAGCGGCAACAACAGCAAGUGGUGAAAAGCGAAGAGAUGCAAACGGAACGCCAAGAUUUGAAAUCCAGUGAGCCGUCGACUCGGUUUCUGAACGUUGCGGGAACGGAAUUGAAGAGUGAUGGGGACGCUGUGUCUACGACGGAGAACGAAGCGGAUAGUGUGGGAAUCAGUACGGUGAUGGUGGAGUUGAAGCAUUUUGGAACGAAAAAUUUCACGUUUUUGGAACCGGAUCAUAUACCGAUCAGUGAUUUUAUGGAUUUGGACGAGAACGUGGAUCUGGAGCUGCUGUUCACCGAGCAGGUCAAUGCGGACCUGCGAGACAGUGAAAAUCCAACGGAGAAUGUUGUGCUCCAGAUCGAGGACUACGACGACGAAGGAAACUCCCAGAGCUACUUUUUACACUCGUCACCACAUUCCGAUAGCUUCUUCCGGGACGUUCUGCAGCGAUUGGGCGUCUACAAGUACAUUGAAAAGCAUCAGGCGGACCAACAACGGUUCGGUCCAUUGAGCCCACAUCGAUUCCACCCGCACUUCAUCAACACCCCCAAGGGGCUUCGAAAUCUUCCGGCCCAUUUCAGCGACCAGGUGACACCGGCGCUGACGACCGGUAAUGCCGGGGUGACAACGCCGAUUACGAUCGGUGGCAGCUCGUCGAAGCGACCUCCACGGCCCUCGAAGACCGCCAUCGGGGGCCUCUUCAAUCAGUUCAAGCAACGCAUCAAAGCAAUCUACCCGGGUACGGUGUGGUGCGGCGAUGGCAACCAGGCCAAAAGUGAAAACGACAUCGGAUUUUUCUACAUGACGGAUGCGUGCUGCCGGGCGCACGAUCUGUGUCCGGCGUCGAUCGUCCCCGGAGAGCAGUUCAAUCGACUGAAGAACAAUGGGUAUUUUACCAGAUCUCACUGCGACUGUGAUAAACAAUUCUACAACUGCCUUAAGAAUGCCAACACGCUGGUGUCGAACCAAAUCGGAUACACCUACUUCAAUCUGCUGAAGCCGCAGUGCUUCCGCCACGAGCACCCGAAAGUUGCCUGUUCGAAAAAAAGCAAAGGCAAAUGUUUGACAUAUGUGGUGGACGAAAAGCAGGACAAACUGUGGCAGUGGUUCGACAAUCUAAUCUAUUGAAGCUAAUUCUUCUUUUACAGGGAUAUUCAAACUGUAUCAUAUGUGUGCGCGUGUAUGUG